GCGCAUGCGUAUUCGCGUCCACGGGCCCAACAAAGGUGUUGAUGGCGGGCGGUUUAGGGAGAAGUGAACACUCCACUUAUACAACAGCUUGCAAUGGGGGGAACAGAAAGCAAGCUAAACUUCAGGAAAGCCGUCGUACAACUGACCACUAAGAAAUCUGCAGCAGAACCAAAUGAUGACGCUUUCUGGGACCAAUUCUGGUCGGAAUCCGCAGCAACUAUAAGCGAUGUGUUCACCCUUAUUCCUGCUGCUGAGAUACGAAAUUUAAGGGACGAAAACCCAUCUAAUUUAGCCACACUUUCGUGCAAGUGUGUUGAGAAGCUCCACCGUGCAACGUUGUCAGGAUGUCAUUCACCCCAGGAACAACUCACAGUGUUAAACUGUGUGCGCUUGCUGACUCGGUUUAUCCCAUACAUCUUUGAAGACCCUGACUGGAGAGGUUUUUUCUGGUCUACCAUACCAUCACAGGUGGAGUUGGAUGAAGGGAUGAUGUCUGGGGCUGAGAUUGAACCAGAGGGACAGACUCCCCUGGCGCAGACUCUCCUUGAUGCUCUUGCUGAUCUUUGCUUCUGUCCUGAGUUCACUGUCCACCCCAACAAGAAGGCGGGUCCAGAGCAGCAUGAAGACCUGUCAUCCAUAGACAGCUGUGAAUACAUAUGGGAGGCAGGCGUCGGCUUUGCCACCUCACCCCCGUCCAAUGCCCAGUUUGAUUGUAAUCGGGCGGAGCUUCUCAAGCUAUUGCUGACUUGCUUCUCAGAGGCUAUGUAUCUACCACCUACUCCUGAAAACCACACCCGGCCCAACAAAUGGUUGUGUUACUUUGCCUCCUCUGAGAACAGGCAUGCCCUCCCACUGUUCACUUCAAUUCUGAACACUGUUUGCUCGUACGAUCCUCUGGGUUAUGGAGUCCCAUACAAUCACCUGAUGUUCACAGACUUCAAGGAGCCGAUGGUUGAGGUGGCUGCACAGUUGCUUGUGGUGUUGUUGGAUCAUGAUGGGGGCGAUGGGCAGAACCCUAUAAAUGACGACUUGGCUCAUGACAUGAUGGAGCCUCCACCUAUGGACAACCUUUUCUGUAAUUACUUGUCCAGGAUUCACAGAGAAGAGGAUUUUCAUUUUAUUCUUCAUGGCCUUGCAAACCUAUUAAAUAACCCUCUAAUACAGACUUACCUCCCAAAUUCCUGCAAGAAAAUUAGCUUUCACCAGGAGUUACUGAUCUUGUUUUGGAAAAUGUGUGAUCAAAAUAAAAAAUUCCUGUUUUAUGUGCUGAAGAGCAGUGAUGUCCUAGACAUACUGGUCCCUAUUCUGUACCACCUGAAUGACGCAAGAUCAGAUCAAUCUCGUCUGGGCUUGAUGCACAUUGGUGUCUUUAUCCUUCUUUUGUUAAGCGGAGAGAGAAAUUUUGGUGUUCGCCUCAAUAAGCCUUAUGCAGUCAGGGUGCCCAUGGAUAUUCCUGUAUUUACUGGAACUCAUGCAGACUUCCUGGUUGUUGUUUUCCACAAGAUCAUCACUACCGGCCAUCAAAGAUUACAGCCACUCUUUGACUGCCUAUUGACCAUUAUAGUUAAUGUUUCUCCAUACUUGAAGUCACUUUCUAUGGUGGCAGCAAACAAGCUUCUACACCUCUUAGAGGCUUUCUCUACACCAUGGUUCCUGUUUGCCAACCCCACCAACCAUCAUCUCGUCUUCUUCCUGCUAGAGAUUUUCAAUAACAUCAUCCAGUACCAGUUUGAUGGUAACUCCCAGCUGGUUUAUGCAAUUAUAAGGAAAAGAAAUAUAUUCCAUCAGCUGGCGAACUUGCCAACCGACCCAGCCACGAUACAAAAGCCAAAGAGAAAAGAGAAUAUUCCAAACAUGAGAGAGGGGGAGCAUUCAAGGAAUGAAAAUAGCACAAAGGAGGAACACCACCCUGCUAGUCUGCCGGAGAUGUCAGCUGACAUGUCCGUUCGUGAGGUCCGUCACCCUGGAAGUGAGUCUGAGACUAGUGACGUCGAAGGGAGGUCCCCUGAGGACCCCGUAUCCCGAGCCACCCCUGGACCCUCUCAUACACAGAAGAAGGCUAUCGGGCGAUCAGCGUCUGUGUCUAGUACCGGGGCAUUUAUAGCCACGCCUGAAUGGGUCCAGUCCUGGAAGCAAAAGUUGCCGCUACAGACGAUAAUGCGCAUGCUCCAAGUACUUGUGCCACAGGUGGAGAAAAUCUGCAUCGACAAGGGCCUGACAGACGAGUCUGAGAUCAUCAAGUUCUUGCAGCACGGCACUCUAGUGGGACUACUUCCUGUGCCCCAUCCCAUCCUGAUCCGCAAAUACCAGGCGAACAGCGGCACACAGAUGUGGUUCCGCACGUACAUGUGGGGCAUCAUAUACCUCAGGAAUAUUGACCCUCCCAUCUGGUACGACACGGACGUCAAGCUGUUUGAGAUACAAAGAGUUUGAUCAGACACUAUGCUUAGUGCCAGUUUUGUUACUUAAUAUUUUACGCAUUUGCUCUGGGAUAAAAGUCAAACCCUGCCUUGAUGUAGAUAUUGACUAGUGGGAAGGGUCUGCGCUUGGGAACUGUCAUUCGCAUGUCAUCCACUAAUUAAUACAUGUUGUCUGUGUACGCGUAAUUAAGCACUGAUGCUCAUUAAGAAUGCGUAAGGUGAGAAUCAUUUGGUCUUUCUUACCAGGGUUUGGUGCGUAUCACUUGCUCCUUACUUGCCAGGGUGGGGUCAGGAUCACUCAGUUCUUACUCGCCAGGGUGGGUUGAGGACCACUUGCUCUAUACUUGCCAGGGUGGGGUGAGGAUCACUUGCUCCUUACUUACCAGGGUCGGUCGAGGAUUACUUAUUUCUUACUUACCAGAUUGUGACGAGGACAUCUUUUUUCUUACUUGCCAUGGUGGGGAGAGGAUCACUUGCUCCUUACUUACCAGGGUGGGUUGAGGAUUACUUAGUUCUUACUUACAAGGUUGUGGUGAGGACAUAUUUGUUCUUACUUCCCAGGGUGGGGAGAGGAUCGCUUGGUCAUGGUUCGGUAAUUUCACUUCUUGAUUUAAAGUCGUUUGGUACAAAUGUGUUUUAUUUGUUUAAAAGAAACUUAUAAAGGGAAGAUUAUUAUAAUUAAAGUAUUAAAAUUUAUGUAUUAUGUAGACUUUUCCAUGCACUAUACCACUAAAUAUUCAAAUUCUAAUACAACGUCACGAAGUGCAAGUCAAUGAAGUGUUUUUAACGUAAAGCCUGUGAUAUUUAUUUAUGACAGCACACUUGUGUCAACACAUUGUGCGUAGUGAAAUUCUUCCAGUUUACAUUCUAGUUUACACUCUAGCUCUGCUUGGAUUACUGCUGAAGUAGUAUGCCCAACUAUAGCAAGGGGAUUUAGCUUGAUGCAAUGAAGUACCCGUAUGGUGAUUGUCAUGUCAAAAAUGGACUGCCUGGUGUCCAGGCCGUUUGCGAGCAAAAAAGUCGAGUGAUUUUCCCUUUAUAUAGAUGGCGCAGGCGGAAUAACUCCUUACUCUUACUGGUUAUGGUUUUCCAGUUUAAUUCUAUUGCUGUGUACAUAUAUAAUGAAUUGUACAUCGAGUAUAUAUAUUGCAGCCUGCAAGUUGACAAUUAAAUUCAAAAGAUAAUAAACGAAAAGGGGUAGUCGAAAUAGAGAAAAUAAUGUUUAGUUUUCCUUGGUCAAGAUGUAAAACUGAUUAAUAAAUUUCAAAUCCAUG